CCUCAGUAGGGGUCAGAUUACAAAGGGCCUUCUGUGUUAAGCUAAGGAGGUUAGACUUCAUCUUUGAAUCCAUAAACAUAGCAAUGGGGAGGGUAUCACAUAUAAUGCUGGGAGUUGGUGGAAGUCUUCCUGGAUGUUUGAGCUGGGCCUUGAAGAAUGCCAAGAGGACAGAGUUGACUCAGCAGCCCUGAGUUGGGCCCAAAAAUCAGAGGUUUGAGACUUGUCCUUGAGUGUGUCACCAACUGUAAAUAGGGAAAUAAAUUCUUCCCUGCCCAGAGGCAGGACCACAUGAGAGAAUGACUGUGAAAGGGCUCUCUAGAACAGGCAUAAUUCUUAUUACUGAUGUUUUUCCACCUGUCUCUAUGGCCAGAAAAACACAGAGGAGGCCUCCCCAGCAAGGGUCGAACGUUGAGGCCUGGGGUGUCACCAGGUCAGUGUGGGGCCAUGGGUCAGGUUCCUGGGCCCAGUCUAAGCCCCAGCUGCCUCCUCUCCCUCCACUGACCUCCCGCAGUGCCAGCUCCCAGGCUCCUGAGUCAGAAGGCGGAGUCCCGUCCUCACGGAGGGACAGAGGGCAGAACCCAGGACUUAUGCAGAAAAUCUGGUCUGGGAGGCCUUCCAACCCCACAGCACUCACUCAGUGCCCGGUACUCGGUCGGAGCUCAGGGAAGCCACACGGGUGACGGGAGCCACACAGGCUUUGCACGCAGACGGGCCCGACUUCAGGUUCAAGUUCUGCCAGUUAUUAGCAGUGAGGCCUUGGGAGAGUAACGCAGCCUCACGGCCACCAUAACCCCCUCACCGAGCUGUCGCGGGGUCAGGUGCGUCUUCUGUGUGCGAUCGUCCAUCACGGCUCUUUGCACAAGUCCAACAAGCCUCAGUUUUGUUCGUUCAAGUUUUCUCUUCCCUUUCUUCCUCUCCUCCCUCUUUUCUUCUUUCCUUCCCUCUUUCCUCAAACAGUGGGAAGAACACAUGGGAAGAACAGCCCAUGUUUAGAGCUACAGAGGAUGUUUUAAGAUAUGGACUUGAGCCCCGUGGAGCUGGCCGACCUGUUAGGGACAUUAUUGGCUGAGAAGUGGGAGGAGGCCGGCACAAGCAGGCAGCACCAGGACGGGCUGACAUGGCUUCAGGCGCCCUGGGGCCUCAGAGGAAGCUGAGAUCCAGUGGAGCGGCUCAAGCACGUCGCCAUGCUCUUCAAACGGAGAGGGUGUCCCAGCAAGAGGGGCCGACAUAAGUGGAUGCCGGGAGCAGGAGGCCAGGGUGGAAAUGGAGCCGGCUGGUUUGGGACCAGGGUCCCAGCCGGGAGUGAUGGAGAAGGCAGUGUGGUGGGCCGACACUGGCUUCGGGAGAGAUUCGAAUGUGCUUGUGGCUGUGCACCCUGGUUCCAGCAGGAGGCAGCAGGCACCCGUGCCGGGCAGGAGUCGUGCGGGAGCCUAACCUGGUGACCUGGGGCGUUUUCUCCAGCUGUGUGUGCAGGGUGCUUGGAGCAGAAAGGGCGUUUCCUGCCUGUGCCAGUUAAGGUGUGCUGGGUUAUGCUGUAGAAACAAUCCCCAAAUCUCAUGGGUUUAAAACGAAGAUGGUUUGGCUCCCACUUAACACAAAGGCUACUGCAGGUAGGGGCCACCCUCCCGGCCAUGUGAUGGCCAAUGAUCCAGGAUGCUUCAGUCCAGGGUCACCUCCAUCUCAGUCCACGCUUCCCCGACACCCGCUGCAGGGGAAGGGGGCACAGAGAAUACUGUACCCGCUCCUAAAUGCCUAAAGUGAGUUACCGCGUGUCUGCACUGGGCCGUCUGCUCCAAACCCUUCAUUUGGGCUCUAGGGAGCCUCAGGCCAGAGGGGGAGGUGGGUUGGAGGCAGGCCACCACGGGCAGGUGCCUCACGCCAGCAGCAGCUGCCUAUUGGCCAGCAGGAGGGGGUAGGACCAUCGCUCCUGGGUGAGGCCCCCUGCCUGGCUGGUGCUCCCAUCUGGGCAGCGAGACCUCAGAGAGGAGUCCUUGGCAUUUUAGGUGGUGGUGCAAAAAGGUGGAUUGGUGUAUAGAUCACCAGCCAUUUGACCAACCAGGGGACAGGAGGAAAAAGUGGCAGAGGAAAGGGGAGAAGGCCAGGAAAAAGGAGAGGAGGACGGGAAAGAGGAGGCAGAGCAUGAGGAGAAAGGCGGGAGGCGGAGGGGCCGCCCGGGCUGGCUGGCAUGGAGGCCUCGCCCAUCAGCAUUUCCCAGGCAGCCGCCCUCCGCCCGCGCCUCACCUUCCCUCUGGCCACUCGGUGGGCAGGGCCAACGGCCAGCGGCACUGGGCUCCCUUGCUUGCUCAGAGCGGCCCUGCUUGCGGCCCCGCCGGCGUUGGCACGGUGACAGUAGCCAAGUGUGCAAACUUGUGCCAUUGUCCCCGGGCCAGGGGGAGCCAUGGAGACUGGCUAAUAUGACACAGGAAAAUGUUUGCUGAUGGCAAUUCUAUGGGCUUUGUCCACCUCUUUCUCCAUCAUGACGACUCGAUUUAAGUCCCUAACUGUUUGACUACAAAUGCAAGGGGACCGUGCACCGCCAACCUUUUGUCCGGCCGCGCUGAAUGGGCAAUUCAGGCUUUGUGCAGCUCAAUUGAGGAAGCAAACAUAAAGACAAGAUUCCUGAGGGUUCCGCUGCCUUCCCAUGGAUAUGCCAGCCCCUCGCUAGAGGGCCCUGCCUCCGCUACCUCUGCCGACAGCAGACAGCAGUGUCCGCCCUGUGCCCUUCUCUGGAGCUGCCAGCCCCCCGCAGAACCCACCCUCUUCAUGGAAAGCUCCGUGCAGAGGCCCCCUGGUGAUGGCAUCCGACAGUGACGUGAAGAUGCUGCUGAACUUUGUGAACCUGGCGUCCAGCGACAUCAAGGCGGCCCUGGACAAGUCGGCGCCCUGCCGCCGCUCUGUGGACCACCGCAAGUACCUGCAGAAGCAGCUCAAACGCUUCUCCCAGAAGUAUUCCCGGCUCCCCCGGGGCCUCCCCGGCAGAGGAGCCGAGCCUCACCUGAAAAGGGGGCCUGAGGACCGGCCCGGGAGGCUGCCCCUGGGUGCUGGCCAGGAUUCCAGCCCUGGCGGGGGUGGGGGCUGCACGGAGAAGGCUCUGGGGAACCCCUACAGGGAGGAAUGUCUCUCCAAGGAGCAGACCCUACAGGGGCAGAAUCCAGAAGCUGCCAGGCCUGGCCAGGUGCCCAUGAGGAAAAGACAGCUGCCUGCUUCCUUCUGGGAAGAGCCGCGGCCCACCCACAGCUACCCCCUGGGGCUGGAGGGGGGACUGGGCCCCAGGGAGGGACCUCCCUAUGAGGGUAAGAAACACUGCAAGGGCUUGGAGCCCGUGGGGCCCGAGACGGCCCCCGUGCCCGCAUCCCCAAGGGCACCCGCUGAGAAGGAGCCACUCAAGAUGCCUGGGGUCUCCCUGGUGGGCCGUGUCAAUGCCUGGAGCUGCUGCCCCUUCCAGUACCAUGGACAGCCCAUCUACCCGGGCCCUCCAGGGGCCUUGCCUCAGAGCCCGGUCCCCAGCCUGGGCCUCUGGAGGAAAAGCCCAGCUUCCCCAGGGGAGCUGGCCCACUUCUGCAAGGAUGUGGGUGGCCCAGGGCAGAAAGUGUACAGACCCGUGGUCCUGAAGCCUAUCCCCACCAAGCCGGCCGUGCCCCCGCCCAUCUUCAACGUCUUUGGCUACCUCUAGCCCGGCCAGGAGGGCCUCGGCCCCCACCUCCAGCCUGCAGGGGUGUCGGGGGCCCCAGGAGCUCUCCGUGUGAGGGGUGGGCUGGGCGGCAGUGUAGCCUCUUGGGAGCCUUCCCUUUGUGUAUGUGUGGGAGGGGGAGGGCAGGCCUGGGGCAGGGGCUUCUCAGGCAGUCUCCGAGUCAGCCCUUGCAGCCUUGGGAGCUAUGGGGCAGGCGUGGUCGGCCCCUCCCCAACCAGGCCAGGGCCCGACAGAUCGUCCCGCCAUCCCUGCGCAGACUUGGGACGAUGGGGCUUUGCCCUUGCCUGCCGGCCACCCCAGAAGCCAGAGUUACACAUCUGUUCAUCUGCCACCCACUGUGUAAGCCAUUUUCAGUUCUGUUCUUUUUGUUCUUUGUAAAUAUUAAGAAGGUUAAAAGAAUAAAGACAUUUCUUUUGCAGUUUCCACAUUUCGGGUGUCAGGAAGUGGAGUGAUCCCCAGGCCUAAGCAAUGCUGGCUGUGUCCAGGUGGAGGGCCACUUAUGGAGGUGACUGAUUGUGGGGGAGACCAGGAGUGGCCCACAGACCUAUGAGACGUCUGGGAAUGGGCUCUGGGGGCCAAGAGCUCAAGUCAAAGGAAGGAGAGUGAGCGCGAGCUGCCAGGGAAGGAUGCUCUGGUUGCCUGCGUCAGAGGACAGAGGCUGGUGGGGCCUGGAUCCCUGGGGUGUCCAACCUGCUCUGGACAACAGGGAGGCUGGGACCCGGGGAGGCGGAGCUGUGGUCCUGGCUCUGCCCUGGGAUGUGCGACUGGACCUUUCCUCUUGGAGCCUCCUUGUCCCACCUGCAGGAUGAGGGGCGGGAUGAGAAUGGUCCCUCUGCCGUGCCUUCCACUCCGAUUACGGCUGUGCCAAGGCGGGCAUGCCCGACCCUGGUCAGAGGGGCAAUCAGGCCAAACAGGAGCUGAGCCCCUAGUGGAUGAAAUAACCGGUCAUUGGAGCAAAACUGUUUCUCUUUCAAACAUCAUCUUUGCUUCUAUGUCCAGGGGCAAAACAAAAACAAGGAGCAAUAAUCUCUAGCUAAUUCGGAUUCCCAGGGUCUCUGCUGAUGGCUCUCUUCCAGGGCCUGGUGCAGUGCCCACACAUGAGGCGCCCUGUCAGUGGAAAGACGAGGGCCUCUGUCUGUGACAGCGCACAGAGGGGGCGCUGGAGGCAGGGAGAGGCCCUGGGUUUGCCCCAAUAACGCCCAGCUAGCAAAGCCACUGCAGGGGCCUCCGCCCGCACGCUGGCCCAGGACCUGCUCUGCUGUGUGCAGUGUGGCUCCAUGGCCGAGAGCGCAUGCACCUGCCAGGGGUGCUGAGCCGCUCACGUCAUCAAAGCACGGUUCUCACAACCGGGACUCAUGCAGGGGGCAGCCCUGGCUGGGGCCAUGGUACCCUAAUCAGCAGCAUGAUGUUGAACAAGUUAAUCCCCACUCUGUGCCUCAGUUUCCUCCUCUGUAGAGUCGGUGACUAGACCAAGGAUAGAGACGUGCACCCCUUCCGCACCCAAGGCAGGUACCAUCGCCUGGUCACAGACUCUCCUUUAGGGCCCAAAUACGGCCUCGGAAUCCUUCCUAACACAAGGCUCCAGAAUUAGUGAUUGCUAAGGGCCUGUCCUAACCUGCCUGCUUUUACUCUGCACGUUCUCUGGAGCGGGGCAUCCACAUGGAGGGGCAGUUCAUGCUCUGGGAAGUGAGUGAGUUUCUGUUGGUUUAUGUCUGAUGGUCUCGGAGGACUUCAGUGCCACGAAGGCCACUUGACACAGGCAGAGUUGUUCUGAGUAAUUAUGUGGCACACUGGAUAAAGGAGUCCUCAGCCAGGACCCACACCUCAGGCUGCUCUGGUCUUAGUGAGCAGGACGGGGACCAGCAGGAGAUGUGUGCCCUCCUCUCCCUCUGCACGUCAUCACGAAGGCCCUUCUGGAUCCGUUCUGAUGAGGCUCAGCCCCUCCACACUGUACAGCAUAGUUUUGAAAGCCCUAAUCCAGGCCCUGCCCCCUACCAGCUGUGUGAUCUUGGGCAAGUUACCUAACCUCUCUGUGCCGAAGUUUCCUCAUCUGAAAAACGUGAUUGAAAAUAGACCUGCCGCGUGGGUAGCUGUGGCAAAGAUGUGAGUGCCUGGCUCUCCAGUACCACACAAGUGGCGAAAAGCAGCAUUGAGCAAAAGUCACUUCUCCCAGGUGUCUGGUGACUGUAGGUCCUGCCACACCAGUAUUUCAGUGUUGGUUAUGAAUGGGGCUGCCCACAGGAACGGGCACCCAGGCCAUCCACCCACUGGCUCUCCCUGGAGCAGGAGCUGAGCUCCGCCAGGCAUGUUUUCUCAGGGUGCUGCCCUCUCGGGCGUUGCCUUUCCCGGGGGACCCCCGGCGAUGCCUUCACUCAAACGCAGAGGCAAGGAGGCUUCGUCUGGAAGCAGAAAGCUUCACUGGGAUGUGGCUCAGCAGAAGCAGAGGGCAUCAUGGUUCCCCGCGUGGAAACAGUAAGUUGGGGGAAAACCCAUCUAAGAAAGCUUCAGUAUUGAAAAAAAAAAAGAGUCCACCACAGCAGGAGCCGCCGCAGCAGCAGAUGCUCGCCUGACCAGACGGUGACUCGUGUGGGUUCACGGUGAAGCCAGGAGCUCCCCUCCUGCCCCAGCCUCCAGUCCCCAGCACUGGCCAGACGCCCCUCUCUGAGGAUCUUAAGGCUUUGGUGAUGCUGUGAGACACCUCUGAGGCUGACGUCCUCCCAGAGGCUGGGUAAGCAGGGGUGGCGGCGGCCUCUGCAGGGGGUGACGGCUGUCAAGUCCUCUUGACAGCGGUGAUGGUCAAAAAACGUAACCACCUGCCCGGCCUGAGCACCGACCAAUCAGAACGGAGCCUCGGGAGCAAGCAAGCAUUUACCCUUGAGCGGUUGGGGGCGGGAAGGGGGGACAGGGACCUGAGAAAGCCAAGGCUGAGCAAGGCUCUUGGUGGGGAGCGGCCCUGAGCAGCAGCUGUGACCAACUGGCAGGGACGUCCAUCAAUAUUCUAAUACAGCACCGGUGCAUUCCAGGCCCAGGGGCCCCAUAUCCCACCAAUAAAUGGUGCUGAUGCUGAAUGCAGUGACAGAGGCCUCCUUCCCCACACCCCCCACCUCCCUCCUCAGCCUCACCUCCUCCAGGGGGGCAGCUCCCUCAGCCCAGCAUCCCCACCAUGCCCAGUGCCUGAGGCCACUGCCUGUUAGGACUGUCUUGGACAUUAGGUGACCUGAGCAGUGCUGUAGUUUGAGUUUGCCUGAUACCCAGCCACACUCCAAAUGCACUGAACAUCUUUCUGCCCGGUCCCAUCCCUGCCUGCCACCCCCAGCCAAGAUUAAAGCCUCUUCCCCUGGCUGCCAGGGCAGCACAGGCAUUUUUCAGGCAGGGUUUUCCCCACUUGGACACUUCCCCUGAGGUCCCCUCCCCCCGCUGCACUGGGUUGAACAUCCCCAGUCUGGGAGGACACAGGUUUCCUUCAGGAUCUCUACAGCAAGGCAGCGUGGGACCCUGGGCUAGCACUGUCGGGCUGAAACCCUGGGGACCUGCUGUGUGUGCCCAAGCCAAGUGCCUUUCCCUCUCUGGAGCUGCUUUCCCAACUGUACCUGGAGAGAGUGGGCAAGGUCAGCUGAGUCCCGUCUGACCCGUGGUUGGAAAGUGCUGCUGGUGGCCUCUUCCUCUUCAGGCCCAUACUGGGACUUACUGGUUCCAUGGAAACCCAGUGUCAGAGCCGGCAAGACUACCAGGGGCCAUGACAAAAAGGAACCCAAGGCCCCAGAGGAGCGAGCCUGGCAUCAGCGCUCCCCCACUGGCCUGGAUGCUCACUUUCCAAAGGCAGAAAUGACAUUCGACCUUGCUCAAGGCUCUUCUGGACCCUGGGCAGGGGCCCGGCGAGGGCUCCUGGCGAGGUGGCCUGGCCUGGAGGCCUGCAGAGGGGCCCACACUCCAGUGCCUUUCAUCGGCCUUUUGGAGAGAGCGCCGCAGCUUCUGCGGAGGCAGGCCGUGCCCGUCUCAGCGCACAGGACUCAGAACACGAGAAGGCGCUACGACUGUGCUGAGCCUCAGCUCUCUCAGCUACGCCCCAAAAACAGGCCGGCAGCGUCCCCUGGCUCCACCACAGAGCCACGUGAGGACCAGAGGAGGCAAGGCAGGGCACAGGGCUUCAUGCCUCUGAAGUCUGGUGCCUUUGCAAGGGUUGAUGGCGGCCAUCACUCCAGCACCCUCGCUCAGAGUAGCCAGUACGUAGAUUUGUUUUUUCCCCUAGUAUUUCAACUUUUGUAGCAAAACAGGGGUGAGUACGACGUGAAGACAGAGUGCCAGGGGAGAUGUGUGUGUAAGACAGACAUCCUAGGUGUUGGGAGACUUGUAAGCACAGAGAGCCUGUCUGUGAUGAUGCUCCUGUUUCCAUGGUGACUGAACCUGGACAGAACAACUACCCUCGGGGGCUCCCAUCACAAGGCAGAACCCUGCCGCCUCUCCUCGGCCAUCAGGUCUCUUCUGGUGAAUGAAGGACACACUCAGAAGCCCAAACCGAGGUGACAGGCUCAGGGGUCUGUGUGCC